UCAUUUCAUUAAGUGUUCUCUCUCGCGCGUGUAGAACAUUCAACUCGAAGGCAGCUCGCCUCUCUUAACAUCAUUCAUAUUUGGGAAAUGCACCAGGGCACAGCAGUCUGAGCAAUGGCAGUGGAUCGCGGAAUCAACGUUCUGAAUGUAUUGCUCGCGGCGUCGCUAAUAGGAGCGUCCCAGGCCUACCUAAAGGCAGGUUGCAAGCUUGAGACGCUGCGAGCGUGCGGCAAUGAUUAUACGCCAUACGCCAACGGCCCACAUUUGCACGAAUCUGGUCAAGAAUUCGACGAAGGAUGCAAGAGGGAUAGUGUACAGGUUCCUUGUACAUUGAAGUUCGUCAAGGACUGCACAGAAGGAGUGGCCCGAGCAGCAGCACUGGUCGCAGUGAAAGCGUUGCAAGAGAACAUUGAAGCCAUAUGUGUUGUAGGCUCGGAACCGUAUAAAACGCUAGCCAAUUUUGAAGCGAAGAGUAGGGUUACUAGCCUGGAGAUCUUCGAGGAUGGCUUCGUCCGUGAAGUCGUCGAACGCAUGGCCUCGCAGCCUUCGUCCGGGGCGGAGCAUAAAGGGUACAGUGAAGGUAGCCGGACACCGUGA